AUGUUACCAAAGAGUUGCUAUGAUUUGAACAUUGAAUACGGGACAAUUAUGUCCGGAUUAAGAGCCAUUGGGUAUGAGUUGGACAUUGAUGAAUUUCAUGCCUACGUGCAUGGAAGAUCAUACGAGAAAUUGAAGCCAGAUCCAAUGUUAAAGAACCUUCUGCUCAUGCCUCAGCGUAAAAUAGUAUUCACUAAUUCAGAUGAAGCACAUGCACACCAAGCUCAGCAAUUGGGCUUGAAAGAUUGUUUUGACAGCAUCAUAUGCUUUAAAACGCUUAAUCCUCCUAAUUACAUGGAUUCUAUAACCAAAUACAGAGUGGAUGUUUCAAGUCCAAGACAAAUCCUUUGCAAACCCUUUGUGGAAGCCACAAAAGCUGCUAUUCAGAUUGCUCAUAUAGAUUCAAGGAAAACGUUGUUUUUUGAUGACAGUUCUAGAAACAUUGCAAGUGGGAAAGCUGCUGAACUUAACACGGUUAUUGUGGGAUGCUCAGAUUUGAUGUCAAGUGCUAAUCAUGCACUGAAUAGCAUUCAUAAUAUCAAAGAAGCAUUGCCCCAAAUAUGGUCCUUGCCUAGAUUGUUCUUUGAACAGAUAUAA